AUGUCCACAGUCAGUCGUAAAAGGCCUCUUGAAGAUGAAGGGGCCGAUCCUCACUCGUCUGUGCUUGAACGGUACAGCAGAACCAUGGAAUUACAGGACAAAAUUGCCGAUAAACACCCAGACAUCGAUGAGGCAGAACCAAUGGAGAUAGAGAGAGACGUCGCACCGCUUCCACAGCCCAAGUUGCCUCGAGACAAGUCUCUGUAUUCGCAGGAACAGAAGAACAAAAACCUUAAUUGGCUUUCCACUCCUGAGUAUCACAAUACUACCCAAACAAAGCCAUUCAAGGAUUUUGAGCCUGCACUUGAUCCAGUGAUAAUUUUCAACCUCGAGACCAAGUUUGGCAUAACUUCUGCCUUCUCCGUGCAGAUCAACGUGAUAGAGUCUCUUUUGAAAGACAUCAGUGCCAAUAAGAUUGAUCCGACCCCUUUUGGCGACUACUUGGUCAACGCAUCGACAGGUUCAGGUAAGACACUAGCAUACCUGAUUCCAAUAGUACAAAGCUUAAUUGGCCGAGUUGUUCCUCGACUAAGAUGCAUAAUUCUGGUUCCAACGAAGCCAUUGAUCACACAGGUCUACUCUAACAUAUUGCAGUUGACAAAAGGCCUCGAUAUUAAUGCUCUAGCGCUCCGUAGUGACGUGAGUGUUAAGGAAGAAGCGAAGAAACUUGCAGCAAUCAAGCCUGACAUAGUUGUUUCCACACCAGGUCGUCUAGUUGAGCAUCUGCUGAACGGCAUGGACCUUUCACAGCUCCGAUUUUUGGUGGUUGAUGAGGCAGAUCGGUUGCUGAACCAGUCGUUUCAAAAUUGGUGCGACACUUUGAUCACCAAAUUGGAGAACGACCAGAAAUACGGUGAAGGAGAAGACUUUUACAACAGCUAUACUGUGAAAUGCAGUAAACUGAUUUUCAGUGCGACUUUGACGACAGAUUCCGAAAAAUUGUUCCAUCUUAAGCUUUUCAAGCCUAAACUGGUGGUGAUCAACAACGCAGAACAGUUGGUGAACGAACUGUACCAGAUUCCGCCAAAUCUCGACGAGAAAUUUGUGCGGGUCAACGAGAAGCUGGCCUUUUUCAAGCCAAUGGUGUUACUCCGCUACCUGGAGCAGCCAGAGUACAGUUCUCACGGACUUGUGUUUACCAAAUCGAAUGAGUCGGCAAUUAGACUUGCUCGUCUGCUUACGCUUUUGAGUGAAAAGCUGGGCCUGGAUUUGAACAUAAUGUCCGUCAAUUAUAGUCUCAAAUCCCACGAGAGGGCAAAGAUCCUCAAAAAGUUCCACGAGGAGGGUGGUAUUUUGAUUGCUACCGAUCUCAUCGCGCGCGGAAUGAACAUCGAAUCGAUCAAAUUUGUUUUAAACUACGACCUCCCUCUUUCUACCAAGGAAUACAUUCACAGAGUUGGCAGAACAGCACGUGCCAACAGGCAUGGAACAGCGGUAACGCUCUGUUUCGGAGAUGGAGAUUUCCGGUGGUUCAAGCGACUUGUUUACUCGGGUGGAGUGAUUAAUAGAAACGGCAAGGAUAUCGAGGAAGUGAAGGUGGUCAGAGAAACAGACGAAAAAACGGACUCGGAUUUCGUGCUCGAGCUUAAUAAAGACGUCUAUAACGAGUGCUUGGACGAGCUCGAGAAAGAAAUUAGAAAUACCAGGUAA